CCGAAGUCUUCCAACACCAGGAUGUAAUCUAGUUAGUUUUUGCGUGGCUAGAUACCAGCAUACAGUAGCUGGUCUCCCUCUCGGAGAAGCUUGAAUCCAGAGGCAUAUUGAGAUCACCGAUCACGAGGUGGGAUGCGUUGUCUUCGAAUUGGUCGAUGGCAGGUGAUCGAAGAGCAUCCUCUUCUCAGAGCCGUCGACACGGGUUGACCAUAUGGAUGUACACGGGAAAAUCCAACCGACACCUGAACCACUAGGUAUUGACUUGGGACAAUCAGAUCGGAUGGCUCCUUUAUUGUGUCGAAGAUGGGAAGUACUAUCGGAGCAUAGUGUGCACUCCACUGGACCGAACGGUAGUCAGGGCUGCACUGGUGCCACCAAAAUUACUAAACGAAGAGCCUGUGCUGGAACUAGGACUCGGGGCUGAACCUUAAAGUGUCGAGGUAGUGCUAGUCGCGUAGCUUGGCUUUGCGAAUACCUGAGACGCUAUGACGCUGGUAGAGGUUUUCGACCAGCAGAUUGUCGUUCUCCUUGACCUCUUUGUUACUGACUGUCAGUAGUCUGACGUUUCCUUGAGACAUCAGCGGAGUCCACUGGUUAAGCCACCGUACGAACUUAGACCGAGAUGAAUAUCCAUAAUUAUGACCAGAUUGUCCAUCUUCUGCAGCUGGAGCACGCUUGCAUUGUCGGGGUAUCUGGCACGGAUAGCUGAAAGGUCGUUUAUCAAGGAGCCCAGUCACUAAUCAUCUAUCCAUAGUUGAAGCAUAUUUCGCUAAGGUUGAGCCACAACAGCACCAAAGCUAUUUGGGGCACAACAGGCGGUGACUGUGCGCUGGAUUUCACGCGAUUAGUUAAACGUUUUGAUGCCAGAGCCAGUAGUCAUUCUGAAGAUUUACGGCGCCGAGAACAUGAGCAUGAUCUCGAAGAGAAAUAGCGCUUUGGAAGCUCGCCCUAGAUCCUUUGUGCUGUUAGAUGGCACCUUCCAUCACUGAUAUACAUGCUGGAACAGUUCUUCGUUUUUUGGAACAUUGUCUUCAAUCAUUUUGCCCCAGUUGUUGCAAAGUGGUCGGCUUCUCAGGGGUUUUCCAGCAUGAAGUUGAUCAGACGCGUUUGCGCCAAGUUGCCAACUCGCGAGCUGGCGGCGGUCAUCUCCUGGGGCAGCACAGGAAUAUAGGCUAGAAAUGCCGAGCACGACAUCACCGUGUCUGCGUUGAUGGUGUUUCGCAGCAUCUUGCGCAACCCCGUAAAAAUAGAGUCGGCGACCACCGUACAAUCGGGCAGGAGCUGAGGAACGGUGUUUUU